AUGAUAACUUCUGAAACAGGAGAAACCAGCUUUAAAACAGAACCUGCAAGUUCUGCCAUGGAAAGUGAGUCAACAUCUGUCUCUUCAUCCACAGAAUCUUCCCCUACAACGACAUCCAUACCAGUAAUAAGCACCCCUGCUUCGUCAUCAUCCACAAGAUCUUUGCCUUCAAUGCGAGUUAACCUCUGUCUCUUCAGACACAGAAUCUUCAGUGACAUACACACCAUUAACAAGCAAUCCAGACUUAUCAUCUUCUACUUUUCUUUGCCUUCAGUGGUAACUUCACAGACAGGAGAUACCAGCUCUACAACGGUAUCAGGGACAACAGCAAGUUCUGCUAGGGAAAGUGAGUUAACCUCUGUCUCUUCAUCCACAGACUCUUCACUUAUAGCAACAACCAUACCACAAGCAAGUACUCCUACCUCAUCAUUGUCCACUAGUUCUUUACCUUCAAUGGUGACAUCUGAAAAAGGAGAAACCAGCACUAACUCGGUUUCGGAGCCUACAACAAGUCCUUUUGCUAAAAGUGAGUUAAACUCUGUGUCCUCAUACACAGAAUCUUCAGUGACAUCCACACCACUAACAAGCACCCCUGGCUCAUUAUCUGCUAGUUCUUUGCUUUCAAUGGUAACUUCUGAAAUAGGAGAAACCAGCUCUAGAACAGUAUCUGGGCUGACAGCUAGUUCCACCAUGGAAAGUGAGUCAACCUCUGUCUCUUCAUCCACAGACUAUUCACCUACAGCAACAUCCAUACCACUAACAAAAUCUUCAGCGACCAUACCACUAACAAGCACCCCUGGCUCAUCACAGCCUACUAGUUCUUUGCACUCAAUGAUAACUUCUGAAACAGGAGAAACCAGUUCUCAAACCUUAUCUGGGCUGACAGAAAGUUCCACCAUAGAAAAAUCUUCCCCUACAACGAAAUCCAUACCAGUAAUAAGCACCCCUGCUUCGUCAUCAUCCACAAUAUCUUUGCCUUCAAUGGUGACAUCAGAAAAAGGGGAAUCCAGUACUAACUCUGUAUCGGAGCAGACAACAAAUUCUGUUGCUCAAAGCGAGUUAACCUCUGUCUCUUCAGACACAGAAUCUUCAGCGACAUACACACCAUUAACAAGCAAUCCGGACUUAUCAUCUACUACUUUUUCUUUGCCUUCAGUGGUAACUUCACAGACAGGAGAUACCAGCUAUACAACGGUAUCAGGGACAACAGCAAGUUCUGCUAGGGAAAGUGAGUUAACCUCUGUCUCUUCAUCCACAGACUCUUCACUUAUAGCAACAACCAUACCACAAGCAAGUACUCCUACCUCAUCAUUGUCCACUAGUUCUUUACCUUCAAUGGUGACAUCUGAAAAAGGAGAAACCAGCUCUAUCUCGGUUUCGGAGCCUACAACAAGUCCUUUUGCUAAAAGUGAGUUAAACUCUGUGUCCUCAUACACAGAAUCUUCACCUUCAAUGGUGACAUCUGAAAAAACAAAAACCAGCUCUAACUCUGUAUCAGAGCUGACAACAAGUUCUGUUGCUGAUAGUGAGUUAACCUCUGUAUCUUUAUAUACAGAAUCUUCAGCGACCAUACCACUAACAAGCACCCCUGGCUCAUCACAGCCUACUAGUUCUUUGCACUCAAUGAUAACUUCUGAAACAGGAGAAACCAGUUCUCAAACCUUAUCUGGGCUGACAGAAAGUUCCACCAUAGAAAGUGAGUCAAUAUCUGUGUCUUCAUUCAAAGAUUCUUCACCUACAGAAACUUCCAUACCACAAGCAAGCACCACUACCUCAUCAUUGUCCACUAGUUCUUUGCCUUCAAUGAUGACAUCUGAAAAAAUAGAAAUCAGCUCUAACUCUGUAUCAGAGCUGACAACAAGUUCUGUUGCUGAAAGUGAGUUAACCCAUGUCUUUACAGACACAGAAUCAGCAGCGGCAUCCACGCCACUGAUAAGAACCCAUGGUUCAUCAUCAUCUACUAGUUCUUUGUCGUCAAUGAUAACUUCUGAAACAGGAGAAACCAGCUUUAAAACAGAACCUGCAAGUUCUGCCAUGGAAAGUGAGUCAACAUCUGUCUCUUCAUCCACAGAAUCUUCCCCUACAACGACAUCCAUACCAGUAAUAAGCACCCCUGCUUCGUCAUCAUCCACAAGAUCUUUGCCUUCAAUGGUGACAUCAGAAAAAGGGGAAUCCAGUACUAACUCUGUAUCGGAGCAGACAUCAAAUUCUGUUGCUCAAAGCGAGUUAACCUCUGUCUCUUCAGACACAGAAUCUUCAGUGACAUACACACCAUUAACAAGCAAUCCAGACUUAUCAUCUUCUACUUUUUCUUUGCCUUCAGUGGUAACUUCACAGACAGGAGAUACCAGCUCUACAACGGUAUCAGGGACAACAGCAAGUUCUGCUAGGGAAAGUGAGUUAACCUCUGUCUCUUCAUCCACAGACUCUUCACUUAUAGCAACAACCAUACCACAAGCAAGUACUCCUACCUCAUCAUUGUCCACUAGUUCUUUACCUUCAAUGGUGACAUCUGAAAAAGGAGAAACCAGCACUAACUCGGUUUCGGAGCCUACAACAAGUCCUUUUGCUAAAAGUGAGUUAAACUCUGUGUCCUCAUACACAGAAUCUUCAGUGACAUCCACACCACUAACAAGCACCCCUGGCUCAUUAUCUGCUAGUUCUUUGCUUUCAAUGGUAACUUCUGAAAUAGGAGAAACCAGCUCUAGAACAGUAUCUGGGCUGACAGCUAGUUCCACCAUGGAAAGUGAGUCAACCUCUGUCUCUUCAUCCACAGACUAUUCACCUACAGCAACAUCCAUACCACUAACAAAAUCUUCAGCGACCAUACCACUAACAAGCACCCCUGGCUCAUCACAGCCUACUAGUUCUUUGCACUCAAUGAUAACUUCUGAAACAGGAGAAACCAGUUCUCAAACCUUAUCUGGGCUGACAGAAAGUUCCACCAUAGAAAAAUUUUCCCCUACAACGACAUCCAUACCAGUAAUAAGCACCCCUGCUUCGUCAUCAUCCACAAGAUCUUUGCCUUCAAUGGUGACAUCAGAAAAAGGGGAAUCCAGUACUAACUCUGUAUCGGAGCAGACAACAAAUUCUGUUGCUCAAAGCGAGUUAACCUCUGUCUCUUCAGACACAGAAUCUUCAGCGACAUACACACCAUUAACAAGCAAUCCGGACUUAUCAUCUUCUACUUUUUCUUUGCCUUCAGUGGUAACUUCACAGACAGGAGAAACCAGCUCUACAACAGUAUCAGGGACAACAGCAAGUUCUGCUAGGGAAAGUGAGUUAACCUCUGUCUCUUCAUCCACAGACUCUUCACUUAUAGCAACAACCAUACCACAAGCAAGUACUCCUACCUCAUCAUUGUCCACUAGUUCUUUACCUUCAAUGGUGACAUCUGAAAAAGGAGAAACCAGCACUAACUCGGUUUCGGAGCCUACAACAAGUCCUUUUGCUAAAAGUGAGUUAAACUCUGUGUCCUCAUACACAGAAUCUUCACCUUCAAUGGUGACAUCUGAAAAAACAAAAACCAGCUCUAACUCUGUAUCAGAGCUGACAACAAGUUCUGUUGCUGAUAGUGAGUUAACCUCUGUAUCUUUAUAUACAGAAUCUUCAGCGACCAUACCACUAACAAGCACCCCUGGCUCAUCACAGCCUACUAGUUCUUUGCACUCAAUGAUAACUUCUGAAACAGGAGAAACCAGUUCUCAAACCUUAUCUGGGCUGACAGAAAGUUCCACCAUAGAAAGUGAGUCAAUAUCUGUGUCUUCAUUCAAAGAUUCUUCACCUACAGAAACUUCCAUACCACAAGCAAGCACCACUACCUCAUCAUUGUCCACUAGUUCUUUGCCUUCAAUGAUGACAUCUGAAAAAAUAGAAAUCAGCUCUAACUCUGUAUCAGAGCUGACAACAAGUUCUGUUGCUGAAAGUGAGUUAACCCAUGUCUUUACAGACACAGAAUCAGCAGCGGCAUCCACGCCACUGAUAAGAACCCAUGGUUCAUCAUCAUCUACUAGUUCUUUGUCGUCAAUGAUAACUUCUGAAACAGGAGAAACCAGCUUUAAAACAGUACCUGCAAGUUCUGCCAUGGAAAGUGAGUCAACAUCUGUCUCUUCAUCCACAGAAUUUUCCCCUACAACGACAUCCAUACCAGUAAUAAGCACCCCUGCUUCGUCAUCAUCCACAAGAUCUUUGCCUUCAAUGGUGACAUCAGAAAAAGGGGAAUCCAGUACUAACUCUGUAUCGGAGCAGACAACAAAUUCUGUUGCUCAAAGCGAGUUAACCUCUGUCUCUUCAGACACAGAAUCUUCAGCGACAUACACACCAUUAACAAGCAAUCCGGACUUAUCAUCUUCUACUUUUUCUUUGCCUUCAGUGGUAACUUCACAGACAGGAGAAACCAGCUCUACAACAGUAUCAGGGACAACAGCAAGUUCUGCUAGGGAAAGUGAGUUAACCUCUGUCUCUUCAUCCACAGACUCUUCACUUAUAGCAACAACCAUACCACAAGCAAGUACUCCUACAUCAUCAUUGUCCACUAGUUCUUUACCUUCAAUGGUAACAUCUGAAAAAGGAGAAACCAGCUCUAACUCGGUUUCGGAGCCUACAACAAGUCCUUUUGCUAAAAGUGAGUUAAACUCUGUGUUCUCAUACACAGAAUCUUCAGUGACAUCCACACCACUAACAAGCACCCCUGGCUCAUUAUCUGCUAGUUCUUUGCUUUCAAUGGUAACUUCUGAAAUAGGAGAAACCAGCUCUAGAAUGGUAUCAGGGCUAACAGCAAGUUCCGCCAGGGAAAGUGAGUCAACCUCUGUCUCUUCAUCCACAGACUCUUCACCUACAGCAACAUCUAUACCACAAGCAAGCACCCCUACCUCAGUAUUGUCCAGAAAUACGUUGCCUUCAAUGGUGUCAUCUGAAAAAGGUGAAACCAGCUCUAACACUGUAUCAGACAGAGCAACCAGGUUAUUUGCUGAAAGUGAGUUAAAUUCUGUCUCUUCAGACACAGAAUCAUCAGUGACAUCCACACCACUAACAAGCAACCUUGACUCAUCAUCUUCUACUAUUUCUUUGCCCUCAAUGAUAACUUCAGAAAAUAGAGAAACCAGCUCUAGAACACUAUCUGGGCCAACACCAAGUUCUGCCAUGGAAAGGGAGUCAACCUCUGUCUCUUCAUCAACGGACUCUUCACCAACAGCAACAUCCAUACAACUAACAAGCACCCCUGCCUCAUCAUCAUCCACUAGUCCAUUGCCGUCAAUGGAGACAUCUGAAAAAGGAGAAACCAUCUUUAACUCUGUAUCCGAGCCCACUACAAGUUCUGUUGCUGAAAUCAAGUUAACCUCUGUCACUUCACACACAGAAUCUGCAGAGACGUCCACACCACUAACAAGCAUCUCUGGCUCAUCGUCGUCUACUAGUUAUUUACCCUCAAUGGUAACUUCUGAAACAGGAGAAACCAGCUCUAGAAUGGUAUCAGGGCUAAUAGCAAGUUCCGCCAGGGAAAGUGAGUCAACCUCUGUCAUUUCAUCCACAGACUCUUCACCUUCAGCAACAUCUAUACCACAAGCAAGCACCCCUACAUCAUCAAUGCCCAGUAAUUCUUUGCCUUCAAUGUGGUAA